AUGGCCAACUUCACAGCGUUCAAAUCGAGGUCGGUCAAUGAGUUACUAUUGAUAUGCCCACAAUUGGAUCAAAGCAAUGAUCAACAAUUGGAACUUCAACAACAACAGCAACAGCCUGCCGACCAAGAGCUAAAAACAAAUUCAGAAGAACAGCACCAAGAACAUUUGGAUAACGAACAGAAACUCGCACAGGGUGUUUCGGUGAGCAUGCCAAGUUUAGACGACGAUGCGGAUGGAAAUCAACCGUCAAGUAGUGAUCAGGUGCCGAUGGACCUGGAAGACAUUCAGAAUGCGGCCGAAAGUGGUCAAAUUAAAUUUAUAUUGGACGAAAAUGGUCAAAUGAUGCAAUCGAAUAUCCACAUUCUAACCACCGAUGCGGAUAGUAAUCAAAUUUUUGUGCAAGAUAGCGUUUCAGUUCCAACAGCUAUUGCAAAAUGUUAGCGUAUUAGAAGCGUCGAACGGUGAUGGAAAAAAAUCGAUGGAUGUGAGAGACAAUAAG